AUGUCUCUUCGCAUUCGCUCUCUCUUCGAUCGAAAAGGUGUGGCAGAGAAAAAGGCAGCCCAUGCAAACGCUGUCGAAGUGAUGGACGAAAUCUACGAUCUCACGGAGGAACACUGCAGUUUUGGCACUCACAUCGACACUGAGCUUUUAAAGUCACUGAAGACAGACUGCAGAGAUCUGAAUCUGGCUAACCACGGCACCUAUCUAGACUCCUUUCUUCCUGUCUUCUUCGAACCACUGCCUCCCGAACAGCUCCCUCCCGUGGACCUCCGUGAUGCUGAGACUAAGAGGAAUUACGAAUUUACCAAAAAAAGUAUUUUUGAUUUGGGAUACGAACCUGACGAGAGAUUUCUGCGAGCGGAGCUUACACCGAUCGUAGCAGCGAUCAUCACACGGCUCGCAGACCCUGAGUAUGAGGAUCACAGCGUUAUCCCUGUAAUGGUUAUUUCUUUGCUCGGAAAAAGGAAGGUGCGGAUCCUACAAGCACACAACAAUCGUGAAGGAAUCGUUAUUCGGAAGCCGGGCUUUAUCAGACUCAACUCCCCUGAAGAAGCGACGGACAACAUGGAUCUUCUUGUGCGAUUCAUAGCGAGUAAUAGAGUUGGCGACACUGCCGAUCCAAAGAACUUCUUCGGCGAAAAACAGCCCGAGACCCCACCGACCAUUCCGGGGCCCAGCGGCGCUGGGUCAUCGCAAGAGGAGCUUCCCGAGGAGAUCCCAGAGUCCAUGUCACGUCUCAGUCUGACAAUAGCCAGGCAAGGCAGCGUUCGGGUGAGGAACUUUCUGAGAGAUCCUUCCUUGCAUUUCGAAUCGGAUCCCGAAAGGCGUCUGUUCACUCGGUCGGACGAGCAGGAAGUACAAGUACCAAGCACCUCCGCUCCAAAGGAGGAGGGGGGUCACCCUAUCACUAGAUCCGACGAGCAUGAGUUACGCAGAGCGCCUGUUUCGAGGGACCUCGACCCACAGACACCAGAGUCGCUAAGUUAUGUCCCGUUCCUUUGA